AUGAGUUCAUCAUCUUACCCAUAUGUUCUUAUUCCGCUCAUGAUGCUGCUACUGGUUUAUGUAACCACACCGGUCGAUGGGAAAGUAACGGUCACGAUCACCAACACUCUUCCCGGCAAUCCAGAUCUUACGCUACACUGUAAAUCUAAGGACGAUGAUCUUGGAGAACACCUACUGCACCCUGGGAACAGCUACCACUUCAGGUUUGGGGUAUCCUGGAUUGGCACUACGAUGUUCUGGUGCACAUUUCAGUGGUCUGGACAAUCGAAAUAUUUCCAUGUCUACGACAAUGAUAGAGAUGACUGCAACGCUUGCACUUGGACUUUGAGAGAAGCUGGCCCUUGUUUGCAAGGCAAGAAAGAGACUUGCUAUGUGUGGCGUUAG